AUGCGUCAACUUCUCUACGUGCAUGUAUUGCUAUGCUGCCUCAGUAUGGCUCAUCCCUUCUGUCCAUCCCAGUGCACUUGUGUUUUACAUGGACGGACCGAUGGAGCAGGAACAAGAUCUGUGGUUUGCAACGAUCCAGACAUGUCUGACGUCCCCAUCAACGUCCCAGUGGAUACGGUCAAACUUCGUAUUGAGAAAACCAUGGUACGGCGAAUACCAACAGAAGCUUUUUACUACCUAGUGGAGCUACGGUACCUGUGGAUAACUUACAAUUCCAUAAGCUCAGUGGACAGUGCAAGUUUCUACAACCUCAAAGUGCUCCACGAGCUGAGGCUGGAUGGAAAUAUGAUCUCCGUGUUCCCUUGGGAGUCUCUGAGGGAGACGCCGAUGCUGAGGACACUGGAUCUACACAACAACAGAAUCACUAAUGUUCCAAAUGAGGCGAUACCCUACCUCCUCAACAUUACCUACUUGGAUCUAUCCAGCAACAAAUUAGCCACCCUGCCAUCUGAUCUAAUGGACAUCUGGCCCCCCUUCAAUGGAGCCCCCAUCUUUACCAAUGCCUCCCAGAAAGUUGUGUUAGGCCUCCAAGAUAACCCCUGGUUCUGUGACUGUAAAAUCUCCAAGCUGAUUGAGCUUUCCAAAAUGACUGGAACACCAAUUAUUUUAAUGGACCUGUUCCUGGUCUGCAGUGGACCAGAGAAUCUGGCUGGUGUCCCUUUUCAGAGCACUGAACUUGACAAUUGUGUAAAACCAUCAGUCAUGGCUUCGGCAACCAAGAUCACAUCUCCUUUGGGCAGUAAUGUUCUCCUGCGAUGUGACGCCACAGGGUUUCCAACACCAUCUCUUUCCUGGAUUAAGUCAGAUGGCUCACAAGUCGACAGCACAGUCCAGGAGUCACCUGGAGAGGGCAUCAGAUGGUCCAUCAUGAGCUUGCAUGGAAUAUCGUUCAAAGAUGCCGGGAACUACAAUUGCAAAGCUAAGAAUGUUGCUGGCAACGCAGAAGGCACCAUAUCUGUCUCGGUUACUGGUUCCAUCAGUACCACCAUCGUUCCAUUGAGGACUAGCAUUGAAACUAAACCAACCAGCCAAGUCACAACAGUUAUUCCCCCAACGGAUACUCCCAACACGCCCACCACCAUGACAACAGUUAUCCCAACAAUAUCGACAACGUCUGCUGUCCCUAAGAAGCCGAAAACUACCACCAGCAACAGUUUACAAAAAAUCUCACUGAAACAAGCAAAAACCCAGCAAGGAGGUAAUGAGAGAAAGCUUGCAGCAGAUGAAAAGAGCAAAAAAAGCGAUGCAUCAAAGUCUGUCAAAGACCUUAAGAUUGUAGAGGAAACAGCUGACACUGCAGUGUUGCUCUGGGUGGACGAUGGGUUACCAAAUGAUGCCCCACUUACGGUUGUAUACUCUCCCUAUGAUGAGGACGACAUCAAAAGGACAGUGGAGACUAAUGCUGGCAGCGGAAAAGUGCUCCUAGAGGGACUGUCAUCUGGGACGAGGUACUCUGUUUGCCUCGUAGCAAAAGGUAGUGCGGCUGGAAAAGAUCCUUGCAUUGACUUCUACACAUUGGACAAUGUAGAGGGUGGUGGACAGAACCAGCUUUUCAUUAUCAUAAGCGGCGUCGCCUGUGCUUUGGUUUUGUCUCUUAUUGCACUGUUAGUCUAUAAGAUUAUCACUCUGUACCACAGUGGACGAGGCACAGCUUUGGACGAAGAGGAGCUUGGAAAAGAGAGCUAUGUAAAGUUUGAGACAAUUUCAAUGAAACACAGGACAUUAAACUCUCAUCCAACGCAGCUUUGGGCAAGGAGACCAACUCAUGAAUCAGAGCGCAUGCUCCUGUGCUCCAGGUCGAGCAUCGACUCCCAGAUGACAUAUAAGAGUGACUGUUCCAGGACUGAGUAUCUCUGCUGACAUU